AUGGUUCUGGACACUGUCGGGUUUGACAUUGUGUACCCUGAUGGGUGUGCUGAAAUAGAUGGAAGCCUUCGGCCAGAUGAAUUAAGAAAGCGAAUCAAUGAUAUAAAUGCUGCUCUGCGUGAUAUGUUGCGCCAAAGUGGAAUAAAGGAUGACUCGGUGACAGAAGAUUCCGAAAAUCAACAUUCAGUAAUUCAAACCCAGAAGCCAAUUCAGUUGAUCGGUCUUCUACUGCAUUUAUUGUCCCGCCAAUUUACUCAUCAUCCUGACAUUGAUAUCCGUUUGCGUAUAUGCGUGGCGGUGUGCACGCUACUGAAGCUGUUUUGCCCUACCAAUCCAUUCGAAACUCUCCCAGAUUCGCAAAAUCGCAUCGAGCUUAUUCAAAACUCGCUUGUUUUAAGCGAUCAGAAGUAUGCAUCUACAGAUCUCGACGAGUCAGAAGUUGGUACUCGUCCACACGAUCCUCUUGGCGAACACUCAUUCAUUGUGAUAUACGCGCUUCACACGCUGCAAGAAAGCCUAGUCUCCCCCAUUUUGCCCUGUGUUGAGCUUAAACUGAAGUCUAGUAUUGCCCGUGAGAGGAAAAGGGCUUUCCGCCUACUUGCUCGUAUUUUCUCAGAACCUAAUUCCACGGUUCAUCACAUGAAUCCUGAGUUGUGGGCGACCUUCCUCUCCAGGUUCAAUGAUAUUGAUGCUGACGUGCGGAACUUCUGCAUUCAGAUGGUGCCUGUUAUGUUGAAACAGAAUGCUGAAUUACCCAGAGGCAAGCUGAUCGACUGCCUCAAGUCUUGUACCAUUGACAGGACGGAAUCUGUUCGUUUACUGUCCCUCAAGAUGGUAGCCACAUUGAUGCGUGAGGCGAAAGGCGAUGAGGCGGACUCCCUAUUUGACAUAAUCUACAAUCGAUCGAGAGACAGAUCACUUUCCGUCCGCAAAGAGGUUCUCUCCGAAUUGGCCCUGGUCUAUAAACAGAACCUCCUGGCCGCCGAUCCCAAUCUUGAUAAAAUGGUCAUGACCCUCAACUCCAUCAUGCAUAUGUAUUACCAACCAUCUGUUGAUGACAAGAUAAUAGUCGAACGACUUUUCAAAAGUUGCAUUGUGCCCUACAACUUCGAUACCAAGGAACGAGUUAAAAGUCUUUUCACCUGCUACCAGUUGGCGGAUGAUGCAUCAAUUAAAGCUAUCCAAGAACUCCUUAAAGUCCAGUUUGUUGGGUCUGCAAUCGUACGGGAGGCUCUUCGCAUUAUUGUUGAUCACCAGGGCAAAAGGAUUAUGGGCCGGACUAGUGCUGAAAUGGUUCGAGUUCUCCAGAAACUCUCCAGUCUACUACCGAAAGCCGAAAAGGCAAUUGACCACCUGAAAAAGUUUUUUAAUGCAGUUCACUCUGAUCGAGCACUGAGAACCAGCUGCUGUCAACUCUUUCACCCCAAUUGUUCCUCAAAGGCGGCAGCUCAGUGCAUGCACGAUGUGUUGAAGCGAAUUGCCUCACAGUCAGGUAGUGGUGGCGGGGGAGGUGAAGUAGCGCAAUACGAACACACUGUGAAACUGCUUGUGGAGCGUUGUGCCUCCGUCCUCUUUGAUGAGGCCUUCGGUCAAGAGCUCCUUACUCGCCUAGUCGUCUCCAUGGAAACCGGUUCUUCACAGAACUCCAUCAGAGAGGAGGUAGUCGGCCAGGAGUUGGUGAGGGAUUUGCGGAUCCUUCUUGCUCUCUCCGUCUACCACAAGGACACAUUACCCGCGGAUGACAUGUUCCAGUACAUCAACAGCGUCCUCGAUACUCACCGAAGCAUCCUCGUUCCCGACGUUCCCGUUGAAAGCACUUCGACUGAGGAUCCCAGUACACCGAUUGAAUUAUGCCUCCAAGUUCUGUGCUGCCUCCUUGGUGGCGGUCCAAUUUAUGGUCCGAAGGAUGCAGGUGGUAGCGGAGCCACUCUGGAGCAGCACGAGGCUAAUUUUCAGGCCUCUUUGGAGGGUGCAGAGGCAUCAGCGUCGACGGAGGUAGAGAAGCGACACAAGGGGGUUAAGUCGGUCGCUAAGCGCUUUCGUGGCGUCGGCCUCUACUCCGGCAGUGAAGAGCAGCUCUGCGAACAAACACUGCAUAUCCUCCCACUCCUCGCUACCUUCUGUACCUCUGGGCUCACUGCUGCCUACCCACCUGUCCCCAUCGUUGAUAGUCAUAAAUCCACUACUCCUACCACCAAGGCAAAACGUCAGCGUCGGGGAGAGAAAGAAUCGGCAGUGGAUGAAGCCACUGAAGAGCCAGUGACCGUGGGUCAAGCCGGUUUAGCGUGGCGUCGAGAGAAACGACGAGCCAAGCUGUCGGUGCGAGUGCUGCGUCAGCUGCUGUCAGUGGUUCACGCGUUGGCUGGAAAGCAUUCGACUUUCCCCAAAGGACCUGUCUCCACUCUUGAGGCCGCGCGUCAGGAAAGUGACGUUAAUGACGAGGAGGAGGAGGAAAUGGAGAACAAGAAGGCGAAGACGAGCACCACUACUGAAGGUGACGGCACUGUCUUAGCGGAAGAAGGUGAGGAUCUCGAUUCGGUGUGCUCCGAGGCGCCUAGAAUGGCGAAUCUGGAAGUGAAGAUUCAGCAAACUCUGGACGACAUUGUAAAGACGUGCCUGGCUUGUGAGAUCACCAGUUCGGACUACAUCGCCUGUUUGACCACUCUGAGUCACGUGGGUCUACUGUUUCCGGGUGUGUACAAUCCUCAACUAAAGCCCCUUAUGACGGGCCAUUUAAUUCCAAACCUUUUGACCAAAGAUGGAGAUACAGAGGCGUCAACAACAUCCAAGGCAGCGAAGAGGAGUGGAAGGAAACAAAAGGCGCAGACGGAGACUGAGAACAACAGCAAAGAAGAUGCGAAGCCUUCUGAUUGGACUCCAGAUGGCAACCUUCCCCUUCUUACUCGUGCCAAGAUAGCAGCGGUGAAACUGAUGGCCAAUUGGCUGGUGGGACUGAAGCUGCAGAAUAAACAGGUCGCCCAGAUUAUCAUUCGUCUCAUCCAUCGCAUCAUCGUACAUGACGGUGAUUUGACGUGCAAUGGUCUAAUGAGUCUUGGCGACAUGUCCCGAAUGCGUCUUGUGGCCGCAACUUCCUGGUUGAAGAUCGCCUAUUUUCAGUUCUACGCUGAGGUCAUUGAAGUCAGUUGGUAUCAGUCUAUGUCCUACGUUAUGUGUGAUCCCUGUAGUAACGUGCGAUCCCACUUUCUCGGAGUGCUGCAUCAGGGCCUAAUUCAGUUGAAACUGCCCCUUGAGUACAUGGCCAUGUUCGCCCACGCCGCCGACGUGUCCGAGUUGGCCUUUCGACAACGCGCGAAGCAGUACCUUGCAGCCAACGUCAAGCAGCGCAGGGAGUUUCUAGCCAAGCACGGACUCUUUAAUGAGAAUCCCAAGCUUCUCUUCGCUCUGCUGCCCGACUUUGUGUUGGCUUAUGCCAUUCACUUGCUGGCGCAUGACCCCGACUGGGAGAAACCGGAUGAUGUGGCUCGUCUGAGCAUUGUGAAAUCGGCACUCUGGUUUAUAAUGGAACCUAUCAUGGCUGGUGGUAGCAACUACACUUUUCUACGUCAGUUGCUGGAAAGGAUUAAGCAUUCACGGGACGCUCUUUGUCCCACAGAUGAGAACAUCAACACGAAAAUUUACAUCGCCUGCGACAUAUCCCUGGGCCUCCUGCUCACCCGUUGUACCAACAUAGUGUGGAAGGGAUGCCAGUUCGAAAUAAAGUUGCCGCGUACCCUCUUUCUUCGAGCCCCUUCCUCUUUCUCCAACCCCGAUUUUGCGCAGCUCUGUCGCGGAGAGGGCGGUAGUCCUCUGGUCACCUUCACCCCAUGUAAAAACGCUAAAGCCGUAAAGGACGGUCUCAUUCCUCCUCAGUUUCUUCGAGUCAAGCACCCCGCUAACAAGCAGCGCUCCCAACAGCCCCAACAUUCGUCAAUCGGUGAUCACUCAGAGAUUAUAGACGAGGGUGAGAGCAUGAAGGAGGAGGUAGGGGUGGAGGUGGCGCCAAUCAGUGAAGCGAAUAGCGACGGUGAUGUUGAUAAUGUGGACUUGGAGGCAUCGCCUGGGCAUAACGAAUCAGCACUGGGAGAAGAACCACCUGAAAAGAAGCGACGAAAGAAGAAUGAUGACAAGGUCGCAAAUGAUGUAAUUUCGAAACGCGUUAAGCAGGCAAAGCGUAAGGGAAGCAAAGAAAGUGGAAAUUUGAAGCAGAGCACGCUACCAUUCGCGAAGGGCAAGGCCACAGGAAGUCGUCUGAACACACGCGUUACCAAAUCGUCGUCCUCGUUUGGUGUCGGUUUGCGGAGAUCGACGCGGCGUACCAAGUGA